AGUAACUUACAUUGGCACAUCUUAAAAUGUCUGUGCUAUUGUUUUGUCUCAAUAUGAACACCAUUUAUGUUUUCCCCAGGUUAUGUUUAUAAAAGCUACUUAUAUUAAAUGUCCUAAUUGUGCCAAGGCCAUCCUGGCUUAAUCUAAGCCCUGUUUUGUGAAACUUCUGCAGGCCUUGGUGUGUUUUUACAGUCAAGACAUAUUCCAAUUGAUACAUAAAUAUAAAAUGUUUUAAUAAAAUAAAACGAUAAUGGGAAUGGUUUGUCAUCGUUGUGCGCCACUCCCAUCGGUUACCCUGACAACGGGUCUCUAACUUCUGUGCUUUACACAACAUGGCAUCCCCAGUACAUUUAGAGAUCGUCGGUCUGUUAAGCAAACACAAUUUUCAAAUAGCCAAAAGCAUUGCGGAGGGUUUGAAAAAUAAAUUCCCGGAGUCAUUUGAUGAUCCAACAAUUCACCCGCUUCUUGAAUGUGACUGGCAUGACUAUUUAGCUAACAAAAAGAAGGAGCUGAGAGGAGAGGUUUGGCAGUACACUGGAUGCCUAAUGUCCUUCGCAAACGGCCAGUUGCUCGGUGAUGAGAGGAAACUGUCCACCUGGGCAGCGAAAGAGUGGAAGUUUUCUUUUCAGCGACCACAGGCGCUUUACAUGGCCCUGGCUGAGGAGUAUUACACCAACUAUCUGCGAAGCACAGCUCACAUUUUUGUUUAUAUGGAUAUUGAAAGCGGUGGAGAGACAUUUGGCAGGCUGUUGUUUGAGCUGUUCUCAGACGUGUGUCCAAAGACGUGCAGGAACUUCAAGGCCCUGUGCACCGGAGAGGCAGGUUUGUCCAAGAGUAACCUUGAGUUGAGCUACAAGGCCUCAAUUUUCCAUAGAGUUGUGCCAAAUGGCUGGCUGCAGGGUGGAGAUAUUUCACCUGAAAGGAAAGGCACUGGGGGAGAAUCUAUCUAUGGUCCAACAUUUGAGGAUGAGAGUUUUGUCAUAUCCCACAACAAACGUGGCAUUCUGGGAAUGGCUAACCAAGGUCCUCAUAGCAACGGCUCUCAGUUUUAUAUCACACUACAGCCAGCGACCUGGAUGGACUACAAAUAUGUGGCUUUUGGGCAACUCAUUGAAGGCACUGCGGUUCUAAAGAGACUUGAGGCAGUGCCCACCUACAACGAACGGCCAAAACAGGACUGCAAAAUAGCAGCAUGUGGAAUAUUUGAGCCCUGAGUUUUCACAUGUGGCCUAUAGAUCAAGAAAGGAAUACAAAAUGAGAAGCAUUUGUAAUGUAUGUGGACAGGUGCACCAUGUGUUAAUAGCCGACGGUCCACCGACCCAAUAUUUUUGACAUAUUGCAAAUGCCUAUUUUUCUGCAUACACAUUCAACAAAUAAAUUGACCUAAAAUUAAAAACCUCUCUUUAUAUGAUUUAAA